GCCUUCAAUUUGCACCAAUGAACUUUUAAUGGGUUACAACACUCCUGAUUUACUCUAACAGGGUGUGCAUGACACGACGCCUCAUUUAUUUAGGCAGCAAGAUUCAGGGUACACCAUCAGUUACACAAAGCAGGUACCUAUACAAACAGGCACUCAUUUCUUUUCCUCUCUUUUUUGUUUUGUUGGGUCAUCUAUAAAAGACCUACUUCGCUUCUUCAUCUUCUUUCUUCUUUCCUGUACCCCACCUUGCAACCCCGCAAUAGGUAGCAAUCACCCUUGCCAUCCACUAUACCCACACAAGUCCGAGAACAGCACAACACAGCAUCGUCACGCAAUUGCCAGUAGAUUGCGCAUCUCUUGUUUCUCUACUCUUCUCCAUCAUCAUCACUCACAAUGAAGGAUCUCACGAAUGGAUUGUUCAAAUUGCCCUCUAAGGAGGAGCGAAGGAUCGCACGAGCGGGUGCUCCCAUCAACCCGAUCAAAUUGAUCGCAAUGCUCACACCCAUGCAAGGCUUAAUGUUUUUCAGCGGAUGGCUUGCUUGGGUCAUGGAUGCUUGGGAUUUCUUCUCUGUUUCUCUUUCCGUCACAAGCUUGGUCAAACAAUUUGACAAACCUGAUCCAACCUCCGUCACAACCGCCAUCACUCUUACUCUUCUUUUCCGUCCUUUGGGUGCAAUUAUCUUUGGAUUGGCCUCUGAUCGAUACGGUAGAAAGUGGCCUUUGGUUAUCAACUUGAUCAUUAUUGCCGUUCUGUCCCUGGGAACUGGUUUUGUUCAAACCUUUGCUCAAUUCUUGGCGGUGCGCUCAUUAUUUGGAAUUGGCAUGGGUGGGAUUUGGGGUAUGGCAGCCUCAACAGCAUUGGAAUCCAUGCCUGCUGCACCUCGUGGUCUUUUCUCAGGUGUUUUGCAACAAGGCUACCCCGUCGGUUACCUUUUCGCCGCUUCUGCCAACUUGAAAUGGGUCGCACCCGCUAAUAAUUGGCGUUAUUUGUUCUAUCUCGGUGCAGGUCUUUCAUUGUUUGCCGCUCUCGUUCGUGUUUCUCUUCCUGAAUCAGAAGUCUUCAGAAAAGUUCAAGAAGAAAGGAAAGCAAGCGGAACUCAAUCCAACAAAGGAAAGGAAUUCAUGCGUCAAACAUGGGAAAUGCUCAAACACAAUUGGCCAAGAGUGAUCUACGGUAUCCUUUUAAUGACAGGUUUCAACUUCUUCUCUCAUUCUUCGCAAGAUUUAUACCCUACUAUGAUUGAAAAAGAUAGUCUUGCUUACUUGCCAGAUCCAGAAGCUAAGCUUUUGGCCAGCAAAGCAACCAUUAUUGGUAACUGUGGUGCUAUCGCAGGUGGUUUCGUUGCAGGUUAUCUAUCCCAAUACUUUGGUCGUCGUUUGACAAUCAUUGCAUUCACAUUGUUAGCAGCCGCUAUGAUUCCCGCUUGGAUUUUGCCAAAGUCAUUCUCUGGUUUAGCAGCAGGCGCUUUCUUCUUGCAAUUCGGUGUUCAAGGUGCAUGGGGUGUAAUUCCAAUUUAUUUGAACGAAAUUUCACCUCCAGCUUUCCGUGCAACAUUCCCAGGUGUUGCUUAUCAAGUGGGAAAUAUGGUUUCUGCAGCAAGUGCACAAAUCGAAUCAACAGGUGGUGUUCAUAAUCAAAAACCAAAUCCACGUUACACACCUGGUUCAACAACUCAAAAGCCAACAAUCAACAAUUACGCCUUGGUUUCUGCAAUUUUAUUAGGUGUCGUUUGUGCUUACAUUAUUAUUGUCGUUCUAUUUGGUGAAGAAUAUCGUGGUGCUCAUUUCGAAAAUGCACCCGUUGCAACCGAAGCACAUGCAGGUGAAAUUGAUCCUGAAGAGCUCGUCCAACAUUCUCGUCGUGGAAGUCAUGCAGGCGGUGAAGAUUCGAUCGAACAUGUUGGAGAUAUGGCAAGAACUGAUGAAAAAUCAGAUGAUGCUUCCAAUGAAGAGAAGCGUUAAAGCAGGUAAACGGUCUUGCUUUCAUUUUAUAUCAUUUUUAUCCUCUGUGUAACCUUUUUUCGUUUUUGGCUCUCGUUUACGAUGUACAUCUUACUCUUAUUGUUAUGAUCAU